CUGAGUCUGAAAAACAAUAUGGCGACUAAUUUGUGUGUAGUUCAUAGUUAGUACAUUUAACUGCAAGCCUUAAGAAUGGCAGAAGCCGGUGAAACUGUUUCAGUAGAACAAACGAGCUCUAGCAAUUCAACUAGAGAUAAUAAUUUAGUCGAAAUGGUGACUGCUUUAAGUGAAAAUGCUGGAGUUUCAACAUCUAAACAAGAGGUAGAUUCCUCAGAAGACUUGAAUAAAUCAUGUCAAGAUAUGUUCAAAACGAUAACUGAAUAUUUACAAGGCGAAUUAAAUGCUUCCUUGGACGAUUAUGAUUUAUUACAAAAGCUGAAUCGUUUGACGACACAGAAAUAUAUGGAAAUGGAUAAUGUCACUAAAGGUUUGAUAAAAAUGGAACAAAUUAAUGUUAAAUACGAAAAUCUGAAACCAUAUAUGGAAAUGAUUGAUAAAGUAGAUGCAAGUGUUGCAAAUUUAGAAGAAGCAGCUAUCAAACUAGACAUGUACACAAAAGAGUUAGAAGCAAGGUUCAAGAAAUUAGAAAAAGCUUCAUCAUAGGUAUGUCAAUCAAUGGAACUUGUGACGAAGUAUUUAACUAAAUUUAAUUUAUAUUGAAAAUGUUAAUGUCUUAUUGUCAUAAAUGUAAGCAGUAAAAGGCAAAGAAAGAAAAUUUUAUUGAUUUCAAAGACAUUCAACAAAUUGCAACUCAACCUUCACAUACUUAUUUGUACGAAAGAGAGAAAAUCUUUGCAUGCAAUAAGAAAAAUGUAACUUAUAUAAAAGUUUUGUGCAGGAAAAAAAUGUUCAACUUAAUAAAAUGUACAAUUUUGUAUGCUGUAGUGGUGUCAUAAGCACAUUUUGAUUGUUAUGUGCGUCAUGUGUUCCUUGAAAAUUAUAAACUUGUUUUUGCAUUA